AUGGACACUGUUCUGGUGAAGCUUGUGGAUAGGAAGCAUCCAGAGGUUGAGCAUCAUGCCUUGCACGUAAGCCCAUCCUUCUGUUCUGGAGACUUCAAGCGCUAUUUAGGGUCUGUGCUCGGCGGAGACGGAGGAUACAGGCUCUACAUACAUGGCCGGCAGUUUGAGGGAUGUCUGGCUGAGGAGAUAAGCUCGCGAGGCCUUGAGGUGGAAAGAGGGGUGGUUAUUGAGUAUGAGCCUGAUGAGCAUUGUGCCCCUGAUGUUACGACAGAGGUUGAAGACUCUGUGUCGUUUCUGAGCGUGGCAAGGGGCAGUCCAUCGGAGAUAUGGUGCGGAACCUAUGGAGGCAGGCUCAGGGCCUAUACUUACGGAAAUGGAACAAUCUUGCCGAAGAGAACAACCGAGUACAUGAGGAUCCGGGGAAUGGCCUACGGAGACAGAAUCUACAUCUAUAACUCAAGUGGAGAGGUCCUGUCGCUGGAGUCGGGAGAUGUCCUAUUCAAGGUGGAUGGAGAAAUAACCUCUCUUGCCUCCUCUUGCGGUGUUGUUUCUGCUGGGACGCACGAGGGAGAGUGCUAUGUGUUUGGAGACAGGCUCCUGAUGAUACACAAGUUCAAGGCACCUGUGUCAUCAACCUCGAUAUGCGGAGAUGAUUUGGAGUUCGUGUGUGUGGACGGAAGGAUAGGAGUCUUCAGCAUUUCUACAAGUACAUUCAGGACAAGAGAUGUCAAGCACAACGUGACAUCAGCAGACACAAGGGGAAAUGUGCGAAUACUUGGAACAUCAUGCUCUGGACUGGUUGUGGAGUGCAAGGAGGAGUCUGUGUUUGUAGAGACAAGCAUCAGAUUCAGCAGCAGGGUGGUAAUGUACAAUGACCAUGUGGUCGCCCAGGCCUCUCAACACGUGGUUUCCAUCAUAAACACCAGGGAUUCAAGGGAGCUUCGGAGAAUCACCGUGGAUGGAUACAUCUCGGAUAUUGCUUGGGUGGGGAAUCUUCUUCUUGUAGGAGUCGGCCCUAGGAUCCAUGGAUACACAAUACACAGCUUAGAAUAG